AUGGGGCUUUUCUGCAAUAAUGCUUUAUCGGCAGUUCCGACUUCCUCCACCGCCAGUUCGCAGAAAAUCGCAGAGAGCCAGAGACCGAGAGAUGCAGCUUCGGUUCGGGACUUCGGCCUUCCGCCUUCGGGAGAAUCGGGACUCGGGAGUUUAGGCUCUAGGAGGCAGGCGACAGCUCAUAGCAGCGACACAGACAUCGCGAGUCCGCGACAAGCCGACAAUCGACAGGGACCAGCCUCACAGGGGUUGGGUUGUCGAAGGAAGGGGUUCACGAUUCUCUUCUAUUUCUCCAACAUCGUCAUCGACAACAUGAAUUCUCAACCUAUUGAUCUCGAUCAAGAGGAGAAUAGUGAGGAGGAGGAACUGGAGGGUGCACCAGCUGUAUCUACGACUACGAGGGAUUUAAAUGUAGAUGAAGAAACGUCUUUGCAAGGCAAGGCCUCCGGAAGUGGCAAACGGAAGAGAGUCUUGAAAUCAAAGUGGUGGCAAUAUUUUGAGAUGCUUCCUAAAAUAGAGGGAGAAGAUUUGCGUUGCAAAUGUAAAGCUUGUGGGAUUACAUACAAAGCAGAAAGUAGCAUGGGUACAGGUAAUCUCCGACGCCAUAUCCUUAAUCAAUGUCCUAAACAGAAAACUAGUGAUAUUGCUCAAGCUUUGUUAGAACAAGGUGAUAAAAGUCUUGCUAUUAGGUCACAACGGUUUAACCAAGAAAGAUUUAGAGAGUUGCUAAUCUUAGCAAUUGUGAAGCAUGAUUUACCUUUUCAGUUUGUGGAAUAUGAGGCAAUUAGAUCUAUUUUUACGUAUUUGGAACCUCAAGUAAAUUAUUUCACUAGAAACACCGCAAGGACUGAUAUUCUCAAGAUGCAUAAAAAUGAAUGCAAUAGAAUAGCUCAAGAAAUGCAUUCAUGCCCUGGAAAAAUUUGUUUCACUUCUGAUUUGUGGACUUCUAUUGCCACUGAUGGUUAUAUAUGCUUGACAGCACAUUUCAUUGAUUCCAAUUGGGUUUUACAAAAAAGGAUAAUUAACUUCUCUUACAUGCCUCCACCUCACUCUGGUAUUGCAUUGUGUGAUAAAAUUAAUAGUUUAUUCAAUGUUUGGGGAAUUCAGAGAAAGGUUUUCACAAUUACAUUAGACAAUGCGGCUGCAAAUGAUGUGUUUGUUGGCCUUUUAAGGGAUCAACUUGGUUUAAAUUGUUCAUUAGUGAGUGGUGGCGAGUUUUUGCAUGUUCGUUGUUGUGCACACAUUCUCAAUUUAAUUGUGCAAGAAGGUUUGAAAAGAAUUGAUAGUUCUGUUGAUAAAAUUCGUGAAUGUGUAAAGUAUGUGAAAUGCAGUCAAGUGAGAAAGCAAAAGUUUAUAGAAUCGGUUACCCAAACUUCACUUGAUUCUAAGAAAUCACUAAGGCAAGAUGUUCCUACUAGAUGGAAUUCUACGUAUUUGAUGCUUUCUAGUGCCAUGUAUUAUCGGCGUGCUUUUAAUCAUUUGAGAUUGGCUGAUACUAAUUUCACACAUUGUCCAUCGGUUGAUGAGUGGGGACAAGUUGAAAAAAUAUUCAAAUUCCUUGAGGUUUUCUAUGAGACAACAACUUUGUUUUCUGGAGUGAAAUAUCCUACUGCCAACCUUUACUUUCCUCGCAUCUUUACGGUUCAGUUGACAAUAAGUCAAGCCUUGCAAAGCUCUGAUGAUUUCAUGAGAUCAAUGGCCAAUCGGAUGUUUCAUAAAUUUGAUAAGUACUGGAAAGAUUAUAACAUUUUGUUUGCCAUUGCCGUGAUAGUUGAUCCGAGGUUCAAGAUGCAAUUUGUUGAGUUUUGUUACAACAAGUUAUAUGGACAUGGCAGUAAGUACUAG